AUGGACCCCAUCAUUGCGCCGUGCAUCUUGAGUGCCGACCUCACUCAGCUAGAAAGUGAGAUUCGAACAGUGGUCCCUCAGGUCGAAUGGCUUCAUAUCGACAUUAUGGACGGUCAUUUUGUACCUGACAUAUCCAUAGGACCGGGUGUGAUUCAAUCGAUCCGUCGCUCGUUCAAGGAGGUUAAGUUAGACUGCCAUUUAAUGACCAAGGAGCCAUCUAAAUGGUUGCAAACGCUGGCAGGGGCCUGUGACCAGUUUACUUUUCAUUACGAAGCAGUUGGCGAAGAUGUUGGUGUUGCUACGGAUUUGUGCCGCUCAAUCCGAGCGCUAGGAAUGAAAAGCUCAAUAAGUAUAAAACCAAAGACGCCCCUAGAAAAGAUUUAUCCUCUGUUGGACCAAGAUUUGCUCGACGGGGUUCUUAUAAUGACAGUUGAACCUGGCUUCGGAGGUCAAUCUUUCAUGCCAGAAAUGCUUGAGAAGGUCAGGCUGCUGCAUCAAAAAUACCCAAAUGUCACAAUUGAGGUUGAGGGUGAUAUUAACCCAAAAACAAUAAGGUCAUGCUAUGAUGCGGGCGCUAGAAUGUUUGUGACGGGAAGGGCCGUGCUUGAGCAUAACGACAGAAAGAGCGCAAUUGAAGAUUUGCUCAAACCUCUGAAAAAUUGA